CAGUGUGUGUCGUACCAAGGCAAAUUUUCGAGAAACACCGACAACAAUGGCCAAUUCCGAAGCCCACAAACAUCAAGCUAUCAUGCUACCUCGGAAAAAUUCCAGUGAUGGGGGAAUUGCGUGUGCCGGUGUCGUAUAAUGGCGUAUCCUUUGACUGUCCCUUGAUCAUCCUAGACUGUACAGGUCCCAGUCUAUGCGGACGUGACUUGAUCGCCCAGAUUUCAAAGUCAAGAAUGCCAAUCUUCAACCUGAGGGCCCAGCCGGACACCCAUUCGGGAACGACCACGUCUGCCGUAGAGGACAUCCUCGCCGAGUUUCAAGACGUGUUCCAGCCAGAAGUCGGAGUGAUUGAUGGGCCCCCGGUGCGCCUACUGCUAAAGAAGGGAGCCACACCAAAAUUUUACCACCAGCCGCUCCUGGGCCUCCUGAAGUCUGACAGGCCUACACCACCACUGGCUGCUGCUCGUAUCCAGCGGUGGGCGUUGUAUCUCGGAGGAUUCUACUACAGGCUACAAUACUGUCCUGGAUCUACAAAAACGGACGAGUGGACGGUGCCAGCGGACGUCGCCGUUCAUGUCCGUAAUUACGGGCAGGGAGAUAAGUGGACUCCGGGAAGAACUGCAUCCGUAUCCGGCGCCCGAAUGGUCACCAUUGAUACACCUGAGGGACCCGUACGGCGGCACGUUGAUCAGGUGCGCUCGGCCCAGUCAAGCCCGGGGCAGUGUGAACCUAUUCCCGAAAACAAGGAAGAGACAGAACCAUCCACGAAGCAGGUAGUGUCCCCAGUACGACCACCUGUCCAGGGGCCGACGCAAGACACCCCACCUGCAGAUGCUGGCGAAGUACCGCUACGUCGUUCAAAGCGACAGCGGAAACCACCACAGCGUCUCUACAAUCUUAAGGGAAGAGAAAUGUAGCAACGGAACCUAUCUUGCUGCCAUCGCCGCUUAU